UCCAGGUGCUCUAGCUCCCCAACCAACCAGUAAUCAGUACUACAAGAUUUUAGAAAGUUUCAAAACAAUGGGGGAAAAUCAUGGCUUUCAAUUGGGUGUUAUUGGUGCUCUUUCACUUUCAGUGGCUUCAUCAGUAUCCAUUGUCAUCUGCAACAAAGCUUUGAUGAGUCAUCUUGGCUUUCAAUUUGCUACAACAUUAACAAGUUGGCAUCUGAUGGUUACAUUCUGCACUCUUUAUGUCGCGCAACGAUUCAAUGUCUUUGAGACCAAAUCGAUCGAUAAGAAGACGGUGAUGCUUUUCGGCAUUCUAAAUGGGAUUUCAAUUGGACUGCUUAAUUUAAGCCUUGGUUUCAAUUCCAUUGGUUUCUACCAGAUGACAAAGCUAGCAAUCAUACCCUUCACUGUAUUACUUGAGACUGUGUUCCUGAAAAAGCAAUUCAGUGGGAAGAUAAAGUUAUCUCUUCUCUUGUUACUGGUUGGAGUUGGCAUUGCAUCCAUAACUGAUCUCCAACUCAAUCUUGUGGGAUCCAUUCUCUCUCUUUUGGCCAUUGCAACCACCUGUGUUGGUCAAAUUCUGACAAACACAAUACAGAAGAGAUUGAAUGUCUCAUCAACACAGUUGCUGUACCAGUCAGCCCCAUUUCAAGCUGCCAUAUUAUUUGUCUCAGGUCCCCUUGUAGAUCAAUGCCUCACCAACCAAAAUGUCUUUGCCUUCUAUUACUCCCCUCUUGUCCUGGCAUUCAUCAUCCUUUCAUGCUUGAUUUCUGUCUCUGUGAACUUCAGUACCUUCUUAGUGAUCGGAAAGACGUCGCCGGUGACAUACCAAGUGUUGGGUCAUCUGAAGACAUGCCUUGUGCUCACCUUCGGCUAUACAUUGCUCCGUGACCCCUUUACACAGAGGAACAUCCUUGGUAUCUUAAUUGCCAUUUUUGGGAUGGGCUUGUACUCUUACUUCUGUACCAUUGAGAACAAGAAGAAACAGGUCCCUGAUCCCUUGACAGUGUCACAGAUCAAAGAAAAGGAGAAUAUACCCCUUUUGGCAACUAAGAACAUGGGGGCUGAAGACAAAGAAGCUCAAGAAGUUGGGAAAUCUGCCAAGGACUCUCUGGUGUAGAAAUUAUAUAUAUAUUUAUUAAGAAGGCCUAGCUAGGAGUUCAUCUCAUUGUUUGAUUGAGUGUAAAUGAUUUUCAUUCUUUUAAAUAAAAUCUGUCGAUAUGAUCCAUCCAUUUAUUGUUCCUUCAUUCCUCA